UAAUCACAUGAUUCAAUGGGCGUGUCCGAAGAGGCCGACCACACCCAUUAUUAUCUUGGUUUUGUGUCUCAAGUGUGUGUUAAAAUACAAACACACGACAACUACAACUUAUCAACAGACAUGAGGUUCUAUGCCCUGCUGCUAGUGGCUGUACUGGUUAGGGAGAGCUGCUGUGCAGUGUGGGGGCCCAAGGACAGUCCCAGUGGUGUGAGGGGAAGUGGACAAAGAACACCACAAGUGUUUGAGCUUGCAGACGGUGAGAACAUUGAAGAUGAGCUACAAGAGGUGGUCAAGGAAUUCACUGUCAAGGAGCAAUCAGGACUGAAGAGGGUGAAACGUCAGUCAGCCGGUAACAAUAUAGGCUACACUGCUCGCCUGGAUAACGACAACCACUACCAGGCGGUGGUGCAUUGGACCGGCCACCCAUCAGAGGACAUCUUUAUUGUCACUAGGAAUGUGGUCAACGGUCACUCCACUGAGAGCUGGCUGUGGAGGUCCACGGACUAUGGACACACUUUUGUCAAUGAGACGAACAAACUGCCUUCUAAUGCUAUUGUCGAGUGGUACUACAUCAGCCCCUACUCUGAGUUUCUGAUUUUCUCGGAUAUCCUUCUCAACCGCUUGUACAUCACAAUGGACGAGGGAGAGACCUAUACCAAUGUCACCAUUCCAUUCACCCCAGAUCAGAUCUUGUUUCAGAGCACUCUAGCUCCACAAUCAGAUACAGAACCAUACUCCAAAUAUGUACUGGGAUAUGACUCUACUGCUCAAACGCUGUGGGUGUCGAGUGACCUCGGUGAAAACUGGAGUAAGAUUGGAAAUGAUGUUCCGUCUGGUCGCUUCUACUGGAGGAGACUGGACUCUGACAUCGAGGGAGACCUCACCACCGUCUACUAUGAGCAGCUCCUCACACCCAACAGUAACUACUCAAUGUUGUACAAAUGGAGCCAGGGUAGUCAGUCUGGGGAACUGUUCAGUGCAGACCUUGGCCAGUUCAGGAGCAAGUCGUUUGUGAUGGAGUACGGGUACAUGUUUGUACAGAAACCAGAAACAACGGUCGUUAGUAAUCUACUCAGUGCUCUCUGGGUGAGCUACAAUCGUAACACAUCAUUCGUUCAAGCAAUGUUCCCCUUCGUGACUGAGCAACAGCACUACUCUAUUAUCGAUGCGAGUGAAGGCCAAGUAUUCAUAGCCGUGUACCACAUUGGCAACACGUCCAACCUCUACAUCUCUGAGGAGCUGGGAGUUAGUUACUCACUCACCUUACAGGACAUUGUCAGUCCUCCUGAGAAGGACUGGGUCGAUGGAAACCCAACCAUUGAUGUGCAUGUGGUCGAAGGUAUUGUGGGGACCUACUUUGCCAAUCGUCAUGCUGACGGCGGAACCACUGGCUCUACGGUGAUAUCGUUUGACAAGGGUGGACGGUGGAACCCCCUCACUCCCCCGGGAGUGGAUCGCAAUGGACGACCCAUUGUCUGUGCUCCACCCGACUGUUCCCUCCACCUUCACAUGGACAUUGAUGCUGAGGACAGGAACUACCAGUCCAUCCUGUCACAGGACUCUGCUAUUGGACUUAUCAUGGCACAGGGCAAUCUGGGAGGUGCUCUCACAAGAUCCACCCGCUCUGCUCGACUCUACUUCUCUCGUGAUGGAGGCUUCACUUGGGCGGAGGUCAAGACUAACCUCUGGGAGUUCCAAUUUGCUGCUUUGGGUUCUGUCGUGGUAGCUGUACAGAAGAGACGCCGAACUAGCUCCGUGCUCUGGUCAUGUGACGAGGGGGCCACUUGGACCACCUCUAGCUUUGUAGAUAACCAGUUCCCUCGAGGCAUUGUCGUGAUCGGUAUGCGUACAGAGGCGGGAGAGAAGUCAAGACAUGUAACCGUGUUUGGCUAUGACGUGUUCGGAGGAUUCAAUGAGUGGCUAGUGUUUGAUCUCAACUUCACCUCUGUUGUGCCGACACAGUGUGUUCAGGACAAUGACUAUUACAACUGGAUACCGACUGAUGAGCGACCGGGAUAUCGCUGUCUCCUCGGGGAGGUGGUCGCGUACGAGCGGAGGAAUGCUUCAGAGUGUUGUUAUGUGGACCCUGGCUAUGAGACGGGGGUGGAAAGGAGCCAUUGUCCUUGUGCCAUAGAGGACUUUGAAUGUGAUUUUGGCUUUGAGCGACAGACUCUGAACAGUCCGUGUAUCCCGUACCCUGGCAAUGUGUACCCCCCUGCCCCCCCGGACCCCUGCAAUGAAGGGAGCAACUACACAUAUUCUACCGGGUAUCGUAAGAUAGCCGGUGAUCAAUGUGUCCCUGGCAAGGAGACCUAUUUCUACCCCGUUAAUGUACCGUGUCCGGUUCUAUCACCUCAGUUCCUGAUCAUAUUGUCCUUUCCUAGAACUGUUGUCAAGACUGGCAGUGACGUUACCUUCAACCUCACGCAGUUUUAUGGUUCCGUCCAGAGUACAGAGUAUCGGUGGAGUUUCAAUGACUCUACUGCCAAUGUGGUGAAAAUAGGACUAGCCAGCAAUCAGGGCCUCGUACAUGCCUUCAGCAGUCCAGGACUGUACACUGUUACUGUGACAGCCAGUAACAGUGGGGGAACUUCAGACACUAAGCAGAUCAUCACAGUCUAUGAUGUUGUAGAGUCUGUGAACAUAAUCCUACCACAUCAAGUCUACCAGAAUGAAGUGCCCGCCUCUAUAGCUCUGUUGUUCACGGCAAAUGUCACCUCGUUAUACAAAAGUAACUUUCUCGGUAUCUCAGAAUACAGGUGGACCUUUGGUGAUAAUACCAACACUGUAAAGUCGGACACGGCUGCUGUUGUGUACACGUUUGCCAACCCUGGGACCUACACCGUGACAGUCAAUGUACAUGCUCCCUUUGUGGGGACUAGUUCAGAGGCUGACGCCAGCCUUGUGGUGUAUCAAGCAAACUCAGUUGUUGACAUCCUUGCUGACGAUAAUGCUGUACAGACCAUACAGGGAACCAAAUAUGUCACUGCCAAUACCUCCAUCACCUUCCACUCCCAGACUGAUAUCCUCGUCCCUCCGGACACUAACUACACUUGGCAUGUAAUUCAAACCAGCUCCUCUGCUGGAGUCAACAUUACAACACAUGAUGCCACUCUCGAGUACACAUUCACUAAGUGGGGACCGUAUCUCCUCUCUGUGAUUGGGCGCACUGAACUGGGGGCUUCCUUCGUGGGACAACUCGUCUUCACUGCAGAAUAUAAUCUUAGUUCAGCCUCUCUAGUUGUUAAUCACUUCCCCACGGCUCGUACUGGGACAGUUAUUGUACUUAACAUAGAAGUAAGGAACCCAAGUGGCAGCUUCUACAAAGGCCCCCUCCAGUUAUUCCUACUGCGUAAUGGAUCUAGUGUCUCCUCUGCCGUUGGGGACACGACUAAACAGAAGUCACUCAUAACUAUGGAAGUGACUGGGAGAGGGGCGUUGGAUUAUGAGCUCAGAGUAAAGAACGAUAUCUCCUCUACUAGCCAGAACACCAUAGUCAAUGUAGUUGACAUUGGUGACUAUGCUGAACUGACUAUCCAGUUCUCUGGCAUUCCAAAGACCCAGUACAAUGACUCUUCUUGGCAGAGCAGACUCCUGAAUGGUGUUCAGUUUGCUAUUGCUAAGAUACACACUGAUCUACCUCUGUACCUGAUAGAGCUGGUGGGUGUACGAGUGGUAACACAGAACAAUUCAGAAAUCAUUACAGAAGAUUCGAACAUUCUUAAGAGACAAGCUGGUGCUGACACAGUGGUGUUUGUGUAUGUGGAUUUUAACAUUCUGCCAGCAGAGUACACUAGUCAGAGCAUCGGAGACAGUUUUCAGUUUGGCCACAUGAUAGUGACAGAGGCUCUCAACGGCAAUCUGACUGUGUAUGUAGACAAACAGGCUGUUCACAUCAGCUUUGCCAGCUCCCGCACUGGAGGGAUAAUCAUCGAGCCCCCUGUAAUUAUCGACAGGUUUGACAAUGAGAAGUAUGCCAUCAUUGGAGGAGUUCUCGGAACAAUCCUUCUGGUUGCCGUGGUGAUCACCGUGACGCUGAUCGUGAUUGUCACCUUCUAUCGCAGGAAGUACACUCGACUCAAUGUACGCUACUCUCGUCUCCAGCAGACGCCGGUUCGGUUCACAUUCACCCCUGGGGGUGAGAUGGUGGAAGAGGAGGAGGAUGAGUUUGACGAUGAUGGAGAUGAACCCUCUGAAUACAAAGUCAACAUUUGAACACGUAUAACCCUCACACACAUACUUUGUGUACGUACAUUACCUAGAUGUACAUUUUGAUCACUGAAUGUUUUAUAUAAUCAUAGCCAAACUGAGUUUGUGAGUACGUAGCUACACAUAAAAAUUUUGUUGUUGUACACAAAAGCUUAUUGGCAUAUGGAAUAUGCUUUUUCCCCUGAACUGUUGAAUAAAGAAUAAUUAUUGGAAA